AUGUCAGGCAUCGCAGCCAUCGAGGAGGAGAAGGCCCAAUAUCAAGAGCAGCUCGAUAUCGUUCGGCAACAACUACGAGAUGACCCAGAAAGUGCCGAACUUCAGGCUUUACAGGAAGAGUUGUCCAACGUGAUAGAUCUUCUCAACGAGAACCUCGCUGAGCUCCGACCAGACCAGGCACCUAAGUCGACCGCCAAGGAGCCGUCACCACCGCCACAGCCCGAAAAAUGGUCCCGUGAAAACCACCCAGCCUUCAAGAAGGCCACGGCGCCCGCCGAAGAAAAGGAAGAACCACCGGUUACGUAUCAUGUGAACGACACCGUCAUGGCAAAGUGGGUUUCGGGGGAUAAGAACUUCUACCAAGCCAGAAUCACAUCCAUCACUGGAUCGUCCGCCGCGCCGAUAUACACCGUCAAAUUCAAAAGCUACGACAAUACAGAGACCCUAAGAUCAAAAGACCUGAAGCCCAUUUCUAAUAAGAGAAAAGCUGAUGACGCUCCGCCGCAGCCUGCGGCUCCAGGUGUUGUGUCGUCCGCUGGGGCUACCAUGUACCCGGGUGCCCAGCAAGAAGCCCAAAACACCGCAGAGGCUGCGAAACCCCCCAAGCCCAAGAAAAUUAAGGCCAAAAAGGAGCUCGAGGCUGGCAAGGCGAACUGGCAGGCAUUCAAUUCCAAGUCUAAAUUUGGCAAGACCAAGAAGGACAGCAUGUUUCGUACACCUGAGGGUAUUCAUGGAAGAGUGGGCUUUACUGGCUCUGGCCAAGCUAUGCGAAAGGACCCCACUCGAUCUCGUCAUGUUUACCAAGUAAACGAAGACCUAGACUAA